UACCGUCAAUUCGUCCUCUUCUGCCACCGAGGGACAGUGCAACGAUUCCAAUCAUCCGCGGUUUCUGCUUCACCGGGAACCCGUUCCACUUCCACCUAUUUCUUUUGGCCACCAAGUUCCGGAGGGGCGCGUGUUUUCCACGCUCUUUUACUGCUACUCCUCCACCCUCUUUCUUCACCUCAACUCUUCUCUUGCGACCAAUUCUCAGCUCUCUGUCUCUCUCUGAAACACAUUCUAGGGUUUGGAGUUUAGUGCUUUAUCUCUCUCUCUCUCUCUUUGGGGCCGAUCUAAUAGUGUUGCUUUCUGAGGUUUCUGCAUAACAUAAGUACUUAACAUGCCAUAGGAAAAGCAAGAAGAAUGGUUGAGAAAACAAAGAAGCACAUUAAGGGCUCCAUCAACGAAGAAGACAUCUCCACUCUCCUUCAAAGGUAUACGGCAACGACGGUGCUGGCUUUGCUUCAGGAAGUCGCGCAUUGUCCGGACGUGAAGAUCGACUGGAAUGCGUUGGUGCGGAAUACUUCAACUGGGAUUUCGGAUGCUAGGGAGUACCAGAUGCUGUGGCGCCAUUUAGCUUAUCGUCAUUCUUUGCUCGAUAAGUUGGAAGAUGGGGCUCAUCCUCUGGAUGAUGAUAGUGAUUUAGAGUAUGAAGUUGAAGCCCUUCCCACUGUUAGCAACGAAGCUUCUACAGAGGCUGCAGCAUGUGUAAAGGUACUGAUUGCUUCUGGUUUACCGAGUGAGUCUAGUCUCCCAACCAGCUCAAUAGUUGAGGCUCCAUUAACUAUAAAUAUACCCAAUGGUCUGUCAUCCAGAGCUCCUUCAGAAAAUUCAGAAGCUACAUGUUCAGUGCAAGGGACAUACAUUACUGUUCCUGUUGCUGUUCAGAAGCUGGCUCUUCCUGCAGCUAUACCUUCUGAAGUACUGGAUGCAAAUGGAUCAGCCAGUGGCAACAUGCCUCCACGAAGGAAAAGAAAACCAUGGUCAGAAGCAGAGGAUAUAGAACUGAUAGCUGCCGUGCAAAAAUGUGGUGAGGGAAAUUGGGCGAACAUAUUAAGGGGAGACUUCAAGGGCGAUAGGACUGCUUCACAGUUAUCUCAGAGGUGGGCCAUUAUUAGGAAGCGGCGUGGCAACUUAAAUGUGGGAUCCAACUCCACUGGCUCACAACUUUCUGAGGCACGGCGGGCAGCUCAUCAUGCAAUGUCCCUAGCCCUUGAUAUGCCAAUUAAAAACUUGACAGCCAUACGCCCUGCUGGAACAAAUGCAACUAGUAACUCUGUUCUUCCUACAACUGGUGAAGCUGCUAUGGUUGCCUGCAACUUUGUACAAGCCCAGGACCAGUCUCAAGAAGGCUCCAUUCCGACAAAAUCCUUUCCCAUUGGAUCAUUGGGUUCCCUAGCAAAAUCUCAAGUAUCCUUAAUAAAACCUUCAACAAAACCUAGUAUUGGUUCAGAUUCUGCAUUAAGAGCAACUGCAGUUGCCGCUGGUGCCCGCAUUGCUUCUCCAUCAGAUGUUGCAUCAUUUAUCAAGGCUACCCAGGCAAAGAAUGCUGUCCAUAUCAAAUCCACAGGUAGUUUUUUGACCAAAUUGUCUGUGCCCGGCGGUGUGUCAACUCACUCAGAGACCCAAACUAACGUACGUCUUGAAGCCAAACCAUGUUCGUCCUAUCCUGCUGUCACUGUCACAAUUACUGCUUCACAUCCUGGUUCAGUAAAAGCGUCCUCGCCAACAGUUCAGCAGGCUCCAUCUGCUUUUGCCACACCAUCAAAUAUGUCAUCUGAACAGACUAAUGCCGUUAGUUCUAGUCUGCCCUCUGAACUUCUGCCAAAGCAAGAGGUUAGGACUGCAGAUGGGAUCAAAGUUUCUGAGUCAUGCUAUGCACCCAAAGUAGUCCAAGAAGAUGGAGCUUGUGUAUCAGGAAACACGUCGAGCGACCGAAUUGAAGAAGAUAAAGCCCCGUCACCAGACAAUAAAGCAGAGUUCACAAAACAAUUGAAUGGUGUUAAUAAUCCAAAUAGUUCUUUGAACAACACGAAGACAGCUGAAAGUGAUGAGAAAGCUGCCAUUGACAACUGUGCUGAAGGUAGACAAAACAUGAACGAUAAUGAUAUGAUGGGUUCACCAGUUAGAGGUGACAUUCAGUCUGCAGUUGAGGUGAAUUGUCAGAAUCAAGGCACAAAUGAGAAAGAGGCAGAUUUGCCAAACACGGUAGCAGAUGGAUGCGGUGAACAGCUGGAGGUUUUAAUAAAAAAAUGAGGCUGAGAAUGAGAUUGAAGGGGGGGUGAAGAAGGUUAAAUUAACUUGUGCAGAAUUAAGAGAAUCUUGUUUGUUUCUAUUUUGAUUUGUGUUUAGGAAAUUGUGUAAAUUUAGAUGUUAGUAGAGAAUUUUGUGGAAAUUAAAUGAUGAGAUGAGUAUAUCCAUCAUUGAUGUAAAGUUUGCUCAUUUUGUUCGGCGUGAGAGCAGUAGCAGCAGAUUCUCAACCAUAUUCUCUAUUUUAAGGAAAAUUUAGGGAAUCAAA